AUGGGCUCUCCAAGGCUUCAGCGAUCGCGACGUCCGGCCGAUUACCUGGAGGACUCCAACUCCACCGCAAGCUUGUUCUUGGGUGGAGUCCGGAGGGAUUGGAUGGCGUCGGCGGGGACCUCUAACCCACGCGAGGCCAGGCCGGCAGCCAUGUUCCCUCCGAAACCUCUAACAUCUCCUCCUGUGGUUGCUUCAUCCAAGGUGCCUGGAGGGAUCGAUGGCCCUGGACCUGCAGAGCUAGCCUUGAUGUUGCCCGUGAUACCGGGUGCUACUAUACAAAUCUCCGCCACCACCUCCCAGCAGCCUCUCCCAAACGUCCCCAGCAAACCCGACCCUCCGACAACGGCUUUUCCUUCGCCCGUCCCAAGCCCUGGUUCUCAUCCAAGCCCGAUUCCCUCUCCGCGUCCUACAAUCCCUAAUGAUCCUCCCGUAGCCGACCUGGCGGUCCCACCUGCGUCUGACAAGCCGCUAGCGGCGGCAACCGUGACGGCUCGGCUGCGAAGCGACGAGAACGCAAGCCCCCGUCCAUCAGUCUCGAAUCAACCAACGCCCCAGCCUGUACAGAAUCAAGCUCCGGGACCGCGUCUGCCGGAGGUAGCAGAGCAUCCCCAGAUUAUACGAUCGAAUAAUGUACCACAUACCACCGAUGCCCGCCCACGGCCCCUUGAAGUGGUCACAAAUGGCGUCCAAGCUCCGUCUUUACAGACUCCAAAUGGCCCGAACCAGAGCCCAUCACUAGGGCUACAGGCGUCUCCAAAUUUGCCCGCAAGUCACGCGAUAGCGUCACCACUCCAACAAGCGAUUCCCACACCUCAUCUUGCGUCUCGAUAUUUGGGCUUGCCAUCCUCGAACGAUUGGAUGCGUUGGAGGUUUCACGCAGAAGUAAUAUUGAAGGAUGCGAGAGAAUGCUCGCCGAACCUUGGUGAACUUAGAGCUUUGCUCCUGUGCAAUGCAUGUGACGACAAUGACCUUUUCUAUCUGGUGCUGCACCAGAUCUAUUGUGAGAUGUCCAGGGAUGCUCAUGGGACCAUCGCAAAAAUUCCGGUCCUUGGCGACGAACGUUGCCAAGUUGGUCUAUACAGACUCUCGGCACUCCUGGAGGACAAUUCCAAGCUCUCCGGUCCUUUGCUGGAAGCGUUUUGCGUAUACCCGGUCCGCCUGGAAGAAUUCAUGAACGCGCCGUGGUAUAAAGCCCUUCUCAAACAGGUCGUGGAUUGCCUCUUAUGCCUUGUAUCUCAGUCGUUCUUGAAAACGGAGUACCAUCGUGAAAUAUAUGAACGUCGGUAUCCACCACUGGUAAAGGAGCUGAGCCAGCAGUAUGGCAUGACGUCACCGGUGCUACUGGGCGUGAUUUUUAUGUCUAUAUGUCGACAUAUCUACGACCCAAGCAGAACGAAUCUUCUGCAGCACUACUUCAAAAAAGACUUGUUCCUCGUUGCGAAGAGUGCGGGUCCAGAUGCCCUGUUUGCCCUGAUUGAAGACUAUCGAAACAUUCCGAUGAAGAUACACUUUGCACCCCAUCCCCGACCUCUGCUGCCAGCUCCUGUGAAUCAGCGCCCACCCCAGCCACCAGGUGUAGCACCUGUUGGAUCCGCUUGUCCUGCUGUCCCAUCUCCCGUUGUCAACUCGCCCGCCACCGCGAGUCCUGAGCCACAAGCAAAUGGACAGCAACCCCCCGCCAACCCUUCGCCCAGAAUUCAGUCCUCAAAUAUGGCCAGUAUCCCUCAGAACAUGCAGCACGCGCAGUACGUUGACCAGCAUGGUCGUCGCCUUUCAUCCCAACAAGUGUGGCAAAUGACUCGAAUGGCACAGGGCCAGGGCCACCCAUUGCAGCCAGUACUGCUGCAACCAGUUCACCCAGCACAUGGUCAAGGACAGAGCACUCAGAUGGGACCAGUUCCCAUGGUCGUCGCGAAUCCGACACCUCAAGUUCAAGUACCGGGCUCAACCCUUCCCUCCCAACUCAACCCCUCACCGUCGCCGUCUCAACACUCUGCACCUGGCUGGCCGAAUUAUGUGGUUCAGCAACAACAGCCCCAUUUCCCGCAGCAGUUUCAGUUCCAACAGCAGCAGCAGCAGCCGCCACAGGCGCCAUCGACACAGCAUAGGUCAACUGGCGACUCGGCUGCACAACUCUCUGCUGCGUCCCAUGCAGUUCAGACAUCGGUAAUAAGUCGGACUGGUCACUCAAGCGCGCGGCAGUCUCCAUCAGUACGGCCCGUCCCCGUCUCGUCACCAGUGGUGCAGGUUCCUCAAAGGCAGACGAGCCGACCUCGUGUGCCGCUUGGCUCGCCGCUACUCCCACCUGAAGGCUACAGAGCUCCACUGAUAGUGCAUCCGAACCCAAUGCGCGUUGGCCUGCAUCAGGCUGACCUUCGGGAUCCAAUAAGGCACUUGGUGCGGCCGACGUCGGGCGGCGGCCUUGAAGAAACCGCCCUGUAUCAAUACCUUGGUGGAUUCUUGCUGAGUCCAACGCGGAUUGAUCCAGAGGUCUUCAGUUAUCGCUGGAAGUUCUCCAUUUCCGCCUCAGACUACCAGUGCUUCCCUCGCUAUGCUGACAGUAGCCAAGGCCGAAGACAGGUUCGAACAAUUCAACCAGGCUGUCGGACUUACCGCCUGCGUACGAUUGUCCUGCCCGACAAGCAGAAGGAAGAUGUGCAAACAUUCUGGCCAACUGCAAACACUACCUGGCCCAGUGUUCUAUACAUAUUUGUCAACAAAAUCGAAGUGUACGUGCGGCGGAAAGUUCAUAACGGAAAGGACAUACCCUUGGAUAUCACCAGAUAUCUUCGCGAAGGCGAUAACGAAGUCAACGUCCAUCUACUUCUUGGCCCCGGCGAGUGUAAAGACUUCCACUACGCGUUGGGUAUCGAAACCAUGUAUAUUUCUGAGUACAAGGAGGUUCUCGCCAAGACACGUCAAUCCCCGGCGUGCGACACCCGUACCGAUAUCAAGAAACGGCUGAAUCCGACCACCGACGACGACGAGCUAGCCGUCGUCACCGACAGUCUGACAAUUCCCCUUAUCGACCCCUUCAUGGCACAAGUCUGCAAAAUUCCGGCUCGUUCCACGAAUUGCACCCAUAUCGAAUGUUUCGACCUGGAGACCUUCAUAACAACCCGGAAAUCUCUGUCAGGUCACUCACCAAUGAAUGAUGACUGGCGUUGCCCAAUCUGCAAGGCAGAUGCUCGACCGCAGUUCCUGAUCGUGGAUCAUUUCUUCGUUGAAGUUUACGACGCGCUCAAGAAGGGAGGCUAUCUAGAGACGGCUCAAUCGAUUCAGGUCCGAGCCGACGGGAAGUGGACCGUCAAAACCGUUAGCGACGAUGCUUCCCCUUCUAGCCCAAUCCGAGGCCGACUUUCCCAGUCCCCUUGGUCUGGGAAGCGCAAGGCGGAUAGUAUCACCGAUGCUGCGGAGCAGUCUUCUCGACCUAAACAUGAGAACUCUCCAAACGUCCCCACCGAGGAGCCCAUGAUUAUUGAAAUAGACUAA